AUGUCGACCAUGACCAGUAUAACCUCAGAUGUCCCGAUACUCGCCUACGCAGCAGUAUCCGUUGCCUUGCCCAUCCUAACCUUCCUAGGCUUUUACCUAUGGGUCACGCCUAACUCGCUAAAAGACAGUCGACGGCGACAUCUUCCUCCCGGUCCGCGAGGUCUGCCAUUCCUAGGAAACUACCUCGAAUUGUCCAAGCCUGAUACAUUCAGAUACCACGUCCAGGACUGGGCACGCCAAUAUGGCGAGAUCUUCUACACGAAAGUGGGCGGAUCAGACUACAUCUGGUUGAACUCUCCCAGGCUGGUCAAGGAGUUGAUGGACAAGCGGUCAGCUAUAUACUCUUCCCGGCCACCGACGCCGUUGGCUGGAGAUGUUGCUUCAGCUGGUAGGAGGCAGCUGUUCAUGGCUUAUGGUCCGGCCUACCGUGUCGUCCGGAGGAUAGCACACUCGCUUCUGAACAUCACCAUCUCAACAAGCUACCAGCCCAUUCAAGACCUGGAGUCCAAACAGCUGAUGUACGACCUCCUGCAUGAUCCGGAAAACUUUUACGACCACAAUCGGAGAUAUUCCUCCAGCGUCGUGGUAACUGCCACCUAUGGCCACAGGAUUCCAAACUGGAAUGCAGAGAUAGUGAAGAACAUCUACAGCGUCGUCAACAACUUGCAGAACUUUGCCUCGCCUGGUAUGUGGAUGGUCGACACCUUCCCCGAGCUGCAGAUCCUGCCACAGUGGAUGUUAGGCAACUGGCGCACGUUUGGUCAGAAGUGCUUCGAGCACGACUCGCCCAUCUAUCUCAAGCUGUGGCGGAACCUCAAGCAGGAAGUCGAUCAGGAUCGCGCCAAUCCCUGCUUUGCGCGGGACUUCUAUCUCUCGGAUCCAGGGAAACAGGGCGUAGAUGAGCUCCAAGCUGCGUAUCAGACGGGGGGGCUUGUCGAGGCCGGGUCAGAGACGACAUCUGCGUACCAGAAUUCUUUCAUUCUAAUGAUGCUGCGCAACCCUGCCGUGGCCAAGAAGGCGCAGGAAGAGAUCGACCGCGUUGUAGGCUCAGAAAGGCUUCCGACUUGGGAAGACGAAAAAGACUUGCCCUAUCUUCGUGCCACAAUCAAAGAACUGCUACGCACAAGACCACCGAACAAGAUCGGCAUCCAGCACUCCACGACCGAGGACGACUGGUUCGAAGGCUACUUCAUCCCCAAAGGCACAGUCGUGUUCCUGAACUGGUGGUCAAUCAACCACGACCCCACCCACUGGGACGAACCCGAGAAAUUCAUGCCAGAGCGCUACCUCAACCACCCUCUCCCCGCCGCCUCUUACUUGAACACCGCCGACCCCAACGACCGCGACCACUUCUCCUACGGCGCCGGUCGUCGUGUAUGUCCAGGCGUGCAUCUGGCGGAGAAGUCGCUUUUCCUGAACAUUGCGCGGGUGCUCUGGGGCUUCGACUUGUCCAAGAAAGUCGAUGAGAAUGGGGUUGUGGUCGAGCCAGAAGCGGGUAUGAUGCCGGGCUGGAUGACGAUCCCGCUGCCUUUUGCGUGUGAGAUUCGGGUGAGGAGUGAGGAGAAGGCGAGGUUGAUCGAGGGGGCGUGGGGGGAGGUGAAGAAGGGGUUGGAGGCGGAUGGGGAUAUUCCUGCUAGGUAUUAUCGAUCGUAG